CUUGUCCCCGCGGAGUUGCAGGGGCUCGGCGUCUUUGUCCUCUUUUACUGGCGAUAGCCGGUGGUGUCGGGGGCAGAACGGGUCGCCGAUCUGUCUGUACCGGCAAACCAUCCCGCUAUUUAAACGGUUGGGAGGACGACUGCUGAGACACAGGGAAAGUAUAUAUGCUCAGCCCCUUCUGAUUUCUCUUCAUUGCCGGAGGAGUCGUCGUUGGAAUGUUUUCUAUUCUGAAAUGGUUGUAGGUUCCAGUCUUGUAGCUACUCUUUCAUCUACUUGCGACAACCUGCUGAAGGGAAGGAACAGACAUCCAUCCAUCUGUGAUUCGUCUGAGCCUUCUGUAUCCUGCACCACUUUCAACAUUCUCGCUCCUAUAUACAAGCGGCUUGGCAGCGAGACCUGCCGCGAAAGUGAAUUCAGAGACUACUGGUUUACACGAAAUCAAUCCAUAUUAGAUCGGUUAAUUUUCGAAAGAUCAUCAAUUAUAUGUUUACAGGAAUUUUGGGUUGGCAAUGAGGAACUUGUCGGUAUGUAUGAGAAACGGUUGGGAGAAGCUGGUUAUAUCAGUUACAAACUUGCAAGAACCAAUAAUCGUGGGGAUGGGCUAUUGACUGCAAUUCACAAGGAUGCUUUCACAGUUGUUAACGAUCGUGAAUUGCUCUUCAAUGACUGUGGGGACCGUGUUGCGCAGCUUUUGCAUGUUCGAUCGGUGAUUCCUUUUUGGCAAAAUCAAAAUGACGAUAUUCAGCAAGAAAUUCUCAUUGUGAAUACCCAUUUACUCUUUCCACACAACUCGUCCCUCUCUAUUGUAAGGCUUCAUCAGGUAUACAAGAUCUUACAGUAUGUGGAAGCUUAUCAAGAGAUGUAUAUGCUUGACCCUGUGCCUGUCAUCCUGUGUGGUGACUGGAACGGUAGCAAGCGGGGACAUGUAUACAAAUUUCUUAGGUCCCAAGGAUUCAUAUCAUCUUAUGAUACAGCUCACCACUACACAGACAGUGAUGCAGAUGCUCACAAGUGGGUUAGUCACCGGAACCAUCGUGGCAACAUUUGCGGUGUGGACUUUAUAUGGCUUCUAAAUCCUGACAAAUGCAGAAUGCCAUUGAAGACAAGCUGGAACGAGUCUGUGUUUGGAAUAAUUAAGAACCAUCUACGUCAUAUGUCAAUGACAGAGAACGAUGCCUUCGACUUUCUCAGGGCCAGGAGCUAUAAUAGCGAUUACAUUACCUACCCUGGAUUUUGUGAAGGUCUUCAGCAGUUGGGUCUUACUAAAGGCCUUGCCAACGAGGAAUUAGAAGAUUUGUGGGCUCAGGCUGAUGCAGAUGGAAACGGAUUACUUGACUAUGAAGAAUUCCAGAGAAUUUGGCAUCCACUGCCAUCGGAGCAGCAGGAAGAUAACAUGGAUAGAUGCAAGAGACCUGGCAGCAUGGAAGAGCCUGUUGUCGGCUGUUUUGACGUGAAGAAUGCGGUACUCUUUCCACCUGAGGUAGAAAAAGGAAUGUGGCCGGAGAACUACUCCCUUUCCGAUCAUGCUCAUCUGACCGUGGUGUUUUCUCCGGCGAGGAUGCCAUGCUCACAACCAAUAUGUUAGAUAACCACAAUUAUACAUGUUUUAACUGAUUUUGUAUGCUCGAUUUUUUGUAAAUCUAUAGAAAUCUGAGCAUUGAUACAAAGAUGAAAGGGAAAAAUGAAAAGGUACGGGGCUUCCCAUCCCCUCCACUGGUUU